AUGACAAGUACGCACUCUGACGACCAUCGCUCAUUUGCUAUUGCUGGUAAUCAGAAACCAACGAUCAGUUUAUCGGAUAUCCAUGUCGUCGAAAAAAAAAUUGUGUUGGACGUAUUAGAUAAGGCACGCGCUGGUCGAACAUCAGUGAUAAUUGCUCAUCGUUUAUCGACGAUUACAAAUACCGAUAAAGUAGCUGUAGUUGAUUGCGGUAGGUUUUUAUGUUCUGAAUGCAACAAUUUAUGGGAUGGAUCUGUAUCUGUUAAAGAACGAAAUGGUUUGUACAUGCAACUUGGAUUUAAAUGUCAUAGUUGUGGAUUUCUCACUCAUUUAUGUUCAUCACCACAAACACCAAAUAGUAGACAUCAUGAUAUAAAUGUUCGAUUAGCGGUUGGUGGUACUUUAUGUGGUUUAGGUUGUAAUGGAUUAACGAAAUCACUAGGUGCUUUAAAUCUACCACCACCAGUGCAGGAACAAAAGUAUCGUGAAGCACAAGAAUUUAUUUUAAAUUAUGUGGAAAAAGCUCAAGAACAAUCAAUGAUAGCUGCGUUGAAGAAGCAGUCGUUGAAGCUGGUGGUGUACGAAAUUUAA